CUUUGGCUGCAGACGUAAAUAAACGCUUUCCGUUUACAAAAUACAGUUCUCUAAGCUUCAAUAAAAUUGCCGAAGAGAGAAAUGGCAAGAGGGUUGAUAUGGGCUACAGCAGAAGACUUGGCAAAGAAUAGAGGAAGAGUUCUGUCUUUGUACAGGCAAAUCUUGAGGAGCCUUAACUCACCUGCUUUGCCACUCAACUUAGCAGCUAGGCUUCAAAAGAAAGCUGAGGUUCGUGCCAUGUUCAUGUUGGGUUCCGAGGAACGAUCCCUUCACAACAUUCAAGAUCUUAUUGAUGCUGCUGAAUACUCUCUUUCCCUAUUAAGAAGAGGAGAAAUUCCAAAACACAUUCAAGUUUAUCAAUAAGUCGGUCCAAUUUUCUUGUUUGACCCAGCUUACAUUGAUAUCUGUUGCAACUUAAAAGUCUUGUUGAAGAUUUCACUUGAGCAGCGUGGGUGUUAAGCUUCUCCCAAGUGGUAUCAGCAUCCUGUAAAUUGUUGGUAGAAAUAGAUGGUUGACCAUUGAUGGAGGGAGAUGAUCUAUGACAUUAUUCUUCUAGAGUCCAUUCACAUGAGGAUAGCAGUGUGCUACUUAAUUAUAGAGAAUAACAUUCCUUUCAGUUAUUGAAUUACUGAGAUAGAGAAUAACAUUCCUUGUUCCUGCAGAUGUUUACAUAUGAGAAAACAAAGAGAAAUUUCAUUUAAUCAUGCAUCAAUUUUGGGGGUGGGGGUGGGGGUAGUAUCAUGGAUAUCAUAGUAACUAAUUGAGAUAUUUCUCAACUUCUCAUGUAACUUUCAUUCUUCUAUUCUGUGCUGUUAAAGUGAGACAGAUGAGUUUAUGUGCAUUCAA